AUGUCGAAUGAUCGUAAGGCUUUGUUAGUCAUCGAUGUUCAAAAUGAUUUUUUACCACCAAAUGGGUCUUUGGCAGUUAAUGGUGGUAAUGAAAUUAUUCAACCGAUUUUGUCACUGAUUGAGAAGGAAGAUUGGGAUAUGGUUAUAAUGACACAGGAUUGGCAUUCGAUGGAUCAUACUUCUUUUGCUCAAAACCAUGAGAAUGUUGCCGAUUUUGAGAGUGUUAAAUAUAACUCACCUGUGGUAGGGGACACGAGGGAACAAGAUGUUGUUGUUUGGCCCGUUCAUUGUGUGCAAAAUACAAAGGGGAGUGAAUUCCAUACAGAUUUGAAAAGUGUUCUUCUUGACCGUCCUGAUAUAGUUGUGUUGAAAAAGGGUUACCUCAAAGAUAGAGAAUAUUAUUCUGCUUUUAAUGACAUUUGGAACGAUCAUAAAACCGAGUUGAAUGAUCUUUUACAAGAUAACAAUAUCAAAGAAGUCUAUAUAGUCGGAAUAGCAUUGGAUUAUUGUGUUAAAGACACUGCUAUAUCUGCAUCUCAAUUAGGUUACAAAACCACAGUUUUAAAAGAUUACUGUAGAGCAAUAGAUACUUCACAAACUGCAAUGGCUAACUUGACUGAGAACUUCAAAAUCCAUAACAUAACACUGACAUAG